UUGACGUAACUUCAACCUUGAAGCAAUCCCGCCUCCUCCUUCCUUUCCUCAUUGAUGCAUCUGGGCCAUAGGCCGACUCGCAUCAGACAUCUUCAUGAGUAGGAGGCAAGGUAUGCCCCUUCGUCCAGCGUCUUCUGAAGAAAUAGAAUGUUGGAAUCAUGCGGCUGCAUCGCUUUCAACUUUGUCUGCAAUUUACUCUAGCCCGGCCACAAUAGAAACCAUUGGCAGGGUAAACCGCCUUAUAUCUGCUUGGCCCGCAGAUGAUACUUUGCCAGCUGAGGGUCUAGACAGUGUGAAGGCAAUUUACAAAAAGUUGGUAUCAGGUCUAGAAGAAAUACGACUAACUUCCGAAAAAGAAAACAAGGCGAUAGAUAAUGCUAUGGAACAACUUGGCAUCCUGAUAGCUCUCAGGAAAGCACCAGAAAUCAUUUCACAAGAGAAACGAAAUAAACGCCCUAGAGCGGCGUCGCCUUCCGCCGGUGGCACACCUGUUCCUCAAGUACUGCCUGCACCUGGCGGCAUUAAUCGCGUCUCUAUCACGCUGCCGGCGCGCAAUAGCUCGACUGGUCCGCCUGCUGGGACUGCUCUACCCCGAGAACCAAAAGCUCGGAGGGAAGCUUGGGCAAAACAACUGCCUUUACAAGAAGGUCGACAGGUGGCAUUCCAUCCGCCGCCAAAUAAGGGUAACAGUUCUGUCACCGAAUCUGACGACAACAACUGGAUUCUGGCAGUUGUCGACAAGUGUAUCAACGGUGACAAAAACAGAUACGAAGUUCACGAUCCAGAGUCUGUACCCAUUUCACGCUUUAACACGACGCUGCGAUCUAUAAUACCACUUCCGGACCCGAAUGCACCCGCAGGAAGCCCCUCGAGCUUAAGUGCAUAUAGAGAAUUUCCAAUUGGCUCUACGGUUCUGGCACUUUAUCCUGACACCAGCUGCUUCUAUCGAGCUGAAGUGGUGGCGACCCCAACGGACACGGCUCCCUCCGUCCGCUCGGAUACUCCUUACGCUUCCACAUACAGAGUGAAGUUCGAAGAUGAUGACAAUCAGGAACUAGUGGUCCAAGCUCAGUGGGUUGUGGAAUGGCCAGGUGGUCAGCGUUGACCAGCAUACUAUACCCCUGGAAUUUGCUGUCGUUGUAUAGUUCGAGCAUUGAUUCUCCUUUCUUGACUUCUCGUAAACUCCAUUGACUUGUAUUUUCUCAUCUCGCAACUGUACCACACACACAGAUAUAUAGUUAUCAUACUAACAAUACACAUGUAUAAUUAGAGUGGUCGCACGAACCGGGGGAUUGGACCUUGCCC